AUGGCUCCUCUCACAACAUGGCUGUUGACAGCCCUCGUCGGCCUCGCCAACGGUCUGGCCUCAACCGACACCAUCACAUGGGGAGGCGACAACUCCCGCGCCGGCUACCAAACAACACACAACAUGGACCCCUCCGUGGUAGGGAGCUCCCAGUUCGGCCAGCUGUUUCGGACGCAGCUUCCCGGCAACUACGGCGGCCAACCCGAGCAGAUCUUCUCACAGCCUCUCGUUUACACCCCGAGCGGCGGCGACGGCACACAAUACGUCUACGUCGCAACGCAACAGAAUAAUGUCUACAAACUUAAUGCAAAGACCGGAGCGAUCGUCGCCUCUCGCAACCUUCACAUUCCCUUCCUGACCGCCGACCUCGACGGCUGCGUCGACAUCAACCCCCACGUCGGCAUCACCGCCACCGGUGUCAUUGACCCGUCUACCGACACCCUGUACCUGACCUCCAAGACCUAUGCCGACCAGAGCAAGCCCAAUGUCGCCCAGGGCCGCACGGCCGGACGUUACUACAUCCACGCACUGGAUGUUAACACCCUCUUGGAACGACCCAACUUCCCCGUCAACUUGGAGGGCACUGUGGCCAGGAACAACCCGAUCCGAUCCUUCAACGGCGGCAUCCAUCACCAACGCCCCGCCCUUCUGAACGUCGGACAGUUCGUCUACCUUGGUUUCGCUUCCCAUUGUGUGCAGUACAACUUCACCGGAUGGAUCAUUGGCUUCGACAAGACGAGCGGUAAUCUGGUUGAGCGGUGGGCCACUCAGGGUGACGGCGUUCCUAACACCACCCCCGGCGCUGGCGUCUGGAUGUCUGGCGGUGGUCUCGCGUCUGACGAUGCCGGCUCCAUGUUCUUCGCUACCGGCAACGGUUACGCUUCUCAGCUCAGCACCAUCCCCGUCAACGGUCGCCAGCCUCCCACGGCCAUGGAGGAGGCCGCUGUUCACAUGAGUAUCGGCGGUGACGGGAGCUUGACCGUAACCGAUUUUUUCAUGCCCUGGGAGAAGCAAGCCUUGGACGGUGCCGACAAGGAUUUGGGUACCAGUCCUCUGCAGAUUCUCCCCAGCGCCUUCUCCUGCGGCGACGUGAGGCGCAUCGGUGUUGUGACCGGCAAGAGCGGCAAGACGUACUGGAUCAACCUCGACAACAUGGGCGGCUACCGCAACGGUGCCAAUCGUUUGGAUGCUGUCAUUCAGGUCUACCAGAACGACAACUCGGUGUAUGCUGGAGCUGGUGUCUACCCGUUGGAGGGCGGCUACAUCUUCAUCAAUGUCAUCAACUACCCCACAAACGUCUUCAAGUUCUCCUGCACAGCUGGAGUUCCCUCAUUCACCAAGGUCGCGACGAGCCCCGCCGCGAACGCUGCCAUCCUCGGUGUCAGCCACGGCACUGUUACCUCUCUCAACAACCAGCCAGGUACCGGUCUCAUCUGGACUCUCGAUGUUCAGGGCUCCCAACUCAGGAUCUAUGACGCCAUUCCCAAGAACGGUGCCAUGAACCUCAUCAAGUCUUUCAGUGUUCCUGGCUCAACCAAGUUCGGCAGGGCUGUCUUCGGUGAUGGCAUCAUGUACCAGGGCACCACUCUCGGUUACCUCUAUGCCUUCGGCUCGCCCGUAAACGUGCCUGUCAACUGCACCUCCUCCAAUGAUUUCGGCACCGUCAACGUCGGCAAUCAGAGCGUGGCGCGCUCGAUCUCUUGCACGGCUCUGAUCGGCGUCACUGUUACAGACAUUGGCCUGGAUGAGGCGGACGAUUUCGUCAUCACCAACGCUGGAACUCUGCCGCUCACCCUCACCGCCGGUCAGACAUUCAGCGUCUCCGUUGCCUUCAAGCCCACCACCGUUGGUCUGGUCUCUUCCGAUCUCCUUGUCAACACCACCAACGCUGUCGCUGGUUACAGUCAGAACACUCAUGUCAGAUUGACCGGUACUGGGGAGAGCUCCAGUCCGCUACUGGCCGUCACUCCGCCAACUAUCACUUUCCAAGGCAUCAUUGCUGGAUCCAACGGCACUCUCUCGGAGACUGUCAUCAUCUCCAACCAGGGCAACGCUCCUCUGUCCAUCACUAACGUCCAGUUCUCUACGACUAGCGCUCAGGGUCCUUUCACCACAUGGAACCACGAGACUGACACUCUCACCGUCGGAAAGUUCACUCUGAGCAACAUUCCCGCCACAAUCGACCCCAACAGCGCCGUCACUGUAGACAUUGCCUUCGACUCUUCGGUGGCUGGAAGCUUCGGUGCCUACCUCACAGUCAACUCUAACGGCGGUAGCAAGUCCUUCACCAUUGCAGGCUCCGCCGGACCUGCUCCUGUUGCCUUGAUCGAGUUCCAGACGCCCGAUGCGACCGGCUGGGUCCAAUAUGAUGCUAGCAAGAACUUCACCUUCGGCAACGUCACCGAGAACACCUCUAGAUCCCUCAAGUUCCGUGUCACCAACAAUGCUGCUGCCGGAGGUGUCAACCUCAUCCUUACCGUCUCGAAGCCGCCUUUCGGUAUCCCUGGUAUUGUCGGGGCUGCCAACACGGUUGACCUGGCUGAGGGUACCCAGCUUGCCCCCGGCGAGAGCGCCACGGCCACCAUGGUCUGUUCCGUUCCGAAGUCUCAAUGGAACGUCGAUACCUACGUAGGAUCGGCGCCUUGGACCAUGAACACCAAUGAUCCCAACUUUGAGAAGCACUUCUUCACCUUCGUGUGCAAUGCGGUCUCUGAGCAAGCCCCGCCUCUCCUGCCUAGCGGCCAGGGCAAAUACCGAUACAUCGGAUGCUACAAGGAGAACAACCCCGGCCGCCAGCUCCCGAACCAGCUCGCCGGAGGCACCACGAACACCAACCCCAGCUGUAUCGCUAACUGCGCGGCGAAGAACUACGUCUUCUGCGGCACUCAGUACCACACCGAAUGUUGGGGCGGCCCCACCAUCCCCAACCUCAAGGUUGACGACAAGAACUGCAACUUUGACUGCGGCGGUGACCUUAACCAGGUCUGCGGUGGCAACGGCGUUGGCACCCUCCAGGGUGGCGCUUUCAUCUCUGUCUUCGCGGACUCUACCCAAUGGGACGGUAACACCACUACGCCCACGCCCAACCCUACCAACCCGACCAACCCGACGAAUCCUUCUGGUCCUGUCGUCAACCCCGGUGUGGGCCAGUAUGUGAGCGCAGGAUGCUACACCGAGGGAACAAACGGCCGUGCCCUGCCCAACUUGGUCAAUGUUCAGACUCAAACAGUCGGCAACUGCAUCACAGCUUGCGCCGCCAAAGCGUACACAUGGAUCGGAGUGGAGUAUGGAGGAGAGUGUUGGUGCGGUAACACCCUUGCUACCGGCGCCAUCCCGGCCCUCGCCGCGGACUGCAGCAUGACUUGCAACGGCAACAGCAGCGAAUACUGCGGUGGUCCCAACAGACUCAACAUGUACACACUCAACGCCUCCUUGCCCGUGCCGAGCAGCUCGAGCAGCACCGCUGCAUCUGGUACUGGUACCGCAACCUCAGCCGGCACUGGUACCGGCACCUCUACGUCAACCUCGGCUGCUGCUACGACCACCGCCGCUAACAGCCGUAUCGGCGACUGGCUCUUCCAGGGUUGCUGGACAGAGGGCACAGGCGUUCGCGCUCUCCCGGUCCGCACGUAUGCCAAUGACUCCAUGACUCUGCAAUCUUGCAGUGGUUUCUGCCAGGGCCUCAAGUACUUUGGUACCGACGCCUCUGACGGACUGCUCGUUCCCAUGCCCCGGUGA